AUGGCUUCUGGACACAAUGAUCCAAAGCUGCUGUAUGCCAUCAAUGGCGUAAAGGCAUACCAUAUCGCCAAUGGCAAGGAGCAGCCCCUCACGCCAACGGGCCCGCAGACAUUGUCGCUGCUGAUGGUUCCUACGAGCUCUGUUUUCGCCGACCCGUCCAUCGACCCGGAGACGUCAAACGCCGAGCAGGACUUCUACCUCCAUCUUCACCUGCCCCCUGAGCUCGAUCUCCCACUGCCAGCCACCACGCAAAUCUACCAUCAGCCGCCAACCAGUUACCUGAUUCCGCGGUGGGAUUUGGGGCCGGACAGCGGCGCAUUCACCAGGAUUGAGUUUCCCUCGGUACAAAGCCGAAAGGGGAUCCAGGAGGACGUCGACACAUUCGAGACCAUUUUGGCGCAAUGCACCGCUUUCCUCGAGAGGGCCCCGCCCCCAAAAAUUCAUGGAAAAAGCGAGAAGCAGUGGUGGGAGGACACCGACCAGAAGGUCAGCAGCGGGGGUACUGGCUCCAAGGCGGCUGUCGCCACAGGCGAACAGUUGCCCGCGUAUAACCCAGCAGACUUCAAACCUGGCGAGGCUUAUGCGCGUGGAAGCCCCUCCAACACCGCUCACGCGCCAGGACAGAUCGUUUUGGUUGAUGAAGAGGACGGCAGCGUGAUUGGCGAGCUUGCCGAGAACUUCCAGGUUGUUGAGCACAGUUCCCUGAAACCUGGAUCGAAAGAUCCGGUCGAGAUCACGCUCCCUGCCGAUGGUGGUUCGAAUGUUCAGGUGGCACCUAUCUCCCCUGAGCUGUGGGAUGCAGAGCUGCAUCCAGCCUACAAGAAUUCCUUCCUUGUCUCGAACGCGCACGCUGCCUCACGGCUCAUCAUCACUGGCUCCGACAUGGUUGCCAAACUUCUCCAAGGCCAGGCCGACAAUUACACCAAGCGAUCCGAGCCUGCUGCGAAGCCCAUGACCUUCAAGCCGACCACCAAGGAGCACAUCCGUCGCAUCGGCACCUUUACUGGCGGUGCGGCCACUCUGUCGGCCAAAACGGUAGGCCAGAUUGGCAAAGUUGCACAGAACCUCGGAGCGACGCUCGGUGGACAUGGCAAGAAGGCGACCACUGGUCACAAGGGGUAUGGACCGGACGGCAAACCGCUUGACACAUAUAAGCCAGGCAUCCUGAACAAGAGCAUGAUGGCUUUUUCCACUGUAAUGGACGGUGUAGAGCAGGCCGGACGUCACUUGCUUGCGUCGACGUCAGAUGCCGCCACAACUGUCGUUCAGCACAAGUGGGGACCCGAGGCAGGAGAGGUGAGCAGGUCGAUUGGUGGUGGCGUCAAGAAUGUCGGACUGGUCUACAUUGAUGUAACGGGCGUCUCGCGCAGGGCCCUGAUCAAGAGCGUGGCCAAGGGGAUGGUUGUGGGCAAGACAUCGAAGGGCGAGUCUAUCGUUGUGGGCGGGGGCGAUGGCGGUGCAGCUGUUAUUGAUAAUGACGGAGGAAAGUCGUCGGUUGACACACAGUCGCUGAGCGGAAUGACAGUUGCGGAGGGGAAGCAACCAGCGAAUGGCAACGGCAACGGAGAUAUCUAUAAGUAG